AUGGACGAUGCACACAUCGCAUCUGAGAAGCCACCUCAGUGCUCUGGGAAAUCUUUGACACAACCAGUCCAUGCACCUCUGGAUGAGAUGAUCAGCUACCCGGAAGGAGGCAUCGCAGCCUGGACAGUCGCUCUGGGCUCCUGGUGCUGUAUGACCGCGGGGCUAGGCCUCAUGAACUCGGUUGGCGUACUGGAGGCAUAUGUUUCGACCACCCUCUUGGCAAACACCUCUACGGACUCUACGGGGUGGAUAUUCGGCAUCUAUGUCUUCGUUUCGUACUUCUGUGGCUUACAAGUCGGACCGAUAUUUGACGCCAGGGGUCCUACGGAGCUCAUCAUGAUAGGGAGCGUCUUUCUGCUCGUGGGAACGUUUACACUAGAGUACUACCAAUUCGUCCUCGCCUUCUCCAUCCUCAGCGGGAUCGGAAACUCCUUUCUGUUCACCCCGGCAAUGGGCGCCAUCUCCCACUGGUUCGACAAACGCCGCGGCGAAGCAUCCGGCUUCGCAUUCACCGGCAGCGGAUUCGGCGGCGUCCUCUUCCCCCUCAUGAUGCAAUCCCUGCUCCCAAAAGUGGGCUGGGCCUGGGCAACCCGCAUCGUAGGCUUCGUGCUCCUCUUCCUCUGCGUGAUCAGUGUUCUUCUCUGCAAAAGUCGACUCCCACCCAAGAAAGGCGCCGCGACUUCAUGGCGCGACAUGCUGCCUGACCUGCGCAUAUUCUGGGACGGCACCGGUGCGAUGGCAGUAACCACCGCCGGGGUGUUUCUCAUCGAAUGGGCGUAUUUCGUUCCCCUCACCUACGUUCCCAGCUACUAUCUCACACGGCAGGGCCUUUCAAACGCCGAGGCCGUAAGCGGUGCGGCAGCAUUCGCGUACCGGCUCCUCGCGAUCUUGAACGCGGUCUCCUGUUUCGGACGAUAUUCCAUCGGCUACGUAGCGGAUAAAAGCGGCCGGUAUAAUACCAUGAUCGUAUCGAAUCUUGUCUGCCUGGCUGCCGUGAUCGGGCUAUGGCUACCGGAUGCACUAGCGGGAACUGCGCCGAGUAAGACGUUAAUUAUCAUGUUUGUCAUCGUGUUUGGGUUUGCCAGCGGUUCGAAUAUCAGCCUGAUGCCGGUGUGUCUGGGGCAGCUGUGCGACACUCAAGACUACGGGAGGUAUUAUGCAAGUGCGUAUACGGUUGCCAGUAUUGGAUGCUUGACGGGCAUUCCGAUUGCGGGGAGUUUGAUCACCGCUACUGAGGGGGGAAGGAGGGGCUUCUGGGGUGUCAUCCUGUUCACUGGGUUGAGUUAUAUGGCAUCUUUUGCGUGCUUUCUUUGGGUACGUGUGCGGGUCAAGGGCUGGGAUGUGAAGACAAUUUGGUAG